CUGAAGCUUCUUACUUCUUAAGCACGGUGGGGUUGACUUUCCCCAAAGGCAAUCAAAUAAGAUCCAAAGAAACUCCAAAACCUCACUCAGUCCUUCACCGCCUGUUCUUCUUCUUCUUCUCUGUGUGACUGUGUGUGUCUCACUGUUUUAUCCAAAGCAUCACUGGUCCUAGAAGACAUGUGUUGCUUCAACAAGCUAGUAUUUCAGGACAUUCUCGUUAUAAAGCCUCAGAAGAAAUCGCCACUCUUGUUAAAGAUGUCAGUGUUGAUAUUUUCAAUGGUGUAUGGUGUUUUUAUCUGUUCAGCUUGUCUAAAGCAGUCAAGCAUUCAUGCUAGGAGUGUUCUUCCGAAGCUGCAAGUUAUUGAAAAGCCUUCUUCAAGUUACCUGCAUUACCCCAAACCCGUUUCUUUUAACAGGAGUGAGUGUUCUCGUAAUCCUGUGAAAUUCUUUGCCAUAGUGUCGAAUCCAAGAUCUGGCAGUGGGUGGUUUGAGACCCUUUUGAAUAGCCAUGUUAAUGUGAGCUCAAAUGGAGAGGUAAUGGCUCCGAAAAGACGAGUAAAUGUUUCUACAAUCGUAAAGACUUUAGAUAAAGUUUACAAUUUGGACUGGCUCAGUAGUGCUUCCAAGAAUGAGUGCUCUGCUGCAAUUGGCUUAAAGUGGAUGCUUAAUCAGGGAUUAUUGAAGCACCAUGAAGAAAUAGCAUACUACUUCAACCGCAGAAGUGUCUCUAUCAUAUUUCUUUUCCGGAGAAACUUAUUACGUAGAAUGAUAUCAAAGCUUGCCAAUUCCUAUGAUCGUCAUGCGAAGUUGUCGAAUGGAACUCAUAAUUCUCACGUUCAUUCUGCAGAAGAGGCUGAUACGCUUUCAAAGUACAAGCCUACAAUAAAAUCGACAUCAUUGUUGACAACCUUGAAGGAUAUGGAGAUGAGAGAUGCUAAGGCUUUAGAAUACUUCAACACCACUCGGCAUAUAAUCUUGUAUUAUGAGGAUCUUAUGAGGAAUCCUAAUAAGCUAAAAGACGUGCAGGAUUUUCUAGGAUUGCCACAGAUGGAAUUAACAAGCAGUCAGGUUAAGAUACAUAGAGGACCAUUGUCAGGCCUUGUGAGAAACUGGGAUGACAUUACCAAGACACUCAAAGGAACUGCUUAUGAGAGUUUUCUCCAAGCUGACUAUUCAUCUUAACCGCUUCCAACUCUCUGCAAAGGUAUAAAUACCAACAACACUGAUUUUUGAGUAAUGUUACUCACACACCUCUCUUUUGAGGUGUGUGAGGUGGAAUGAUGAGAGAGAUAGGAAGAAAAGAAAAAGUAAGGGAGAGAAAGUAUGAGAUGUGAUAGAUGGUAAGAGGAGAGAGAUAGAAAUAAAAAGAGGUGGAAAUGAAGUGUUUUAAAAAUGAGGUGUGUAUAUAUCAUUACUCCUGAUUUUUGAGUUUGAGGUUUGGUGCGGGCAAGAAUUCUUCCCCUGUCUUAUAAUGUUUCUUUUCACUGCCAAUCAACAUUCAACACUCUGUUGAUAAGAUGUGUCAUUUGUAAGUCUUGUUUUUAUGCAUUCUUAAAUGACCUUGUAUAGCAUUCAAAUCCUUAUUCACUUAGUGAAGUCAGGCAGUCAGCUACAUGGAUCACUGGUCCACAUUGAAGAUAUCAGAAGGCCUAACAUAACUUUCUUCCUUUAUCCGGGUUUAGAACUAGAGACGAACUCACGUUAAGAGAAGGUGAGUCAAAUGCCCCCACAUCAUUUUUACUUUUGCUUCAUACAAUACUAUACUAUACUCCCUCCGUUCCCUAUUAUAAGUCACAUUUUUUGAAAAUUUUUUAUUACAAAAUAUAAGUCACUUUCUAAUAUCUAGGAAGCAUUAAAUAAUUUUUUCCAAGUUCACCCUCAUAUUUAAUAUGAAAGAGAUGAUAAACUUUAGAAGUAUUAACUUGGAGAGAGAAAAUCAUAGGAAAGUAAAUAAGGGUAAUCUAGGAAAGUAAAUCAUUUUUUUACAAAUUUAUUACUAAUAACUACUUUUCUUAAUCUAAGAGAAUUAGUUAUUUGUGACUUAUAUAUAGGAACGGAGGGAGUAUAAUAUAAAAUAUUAUCUUGCCCCACACUCUUCAUAAAUACCCUCAUAGCUUGACAAUUUUACCUUUUGCCACUAAAAGUUUAA